AUGGUCUAGACUUAGUAAUGAUGAAAAAAAUUUGUUUUGCAGUGUUUUAGAUGAUAUUUACUUCAAUAAAACUACUUUAAAAUUCAAUCUGUGUAUACGAAUUAAGCAACAAUAACUGGAGCAGUUAGGAGUUAUGAAUGUAAUCCAACUAACUGAAUUGACUUUGAAGGUCGUUUCUAUUAUCUGUUAUAUAGUUAUAUUAAUUAUCUCUCAGGAUAUGUUAUCAUCUGUGACAUUGGGGCCAGCAGAAUACCUGUACAAGCGCAACAUAACCGUGACUUGUAUAGAAAUCCCGAGUGACUAACGUAAAAAAAUAACUAAAGUUCCACACGCAAAAAAAAGCUAACUGUGAAAAUGUAUUUGUUUUUUAAAUAUGCUCGCGAGUUUAAACCAACGAUUAAGCGAGGAAUUAUUAUAAUUAAGUGGUAUUAAAUGCUGGAAAAGUUUAACUUCCACGCGACUUGGUGUAAUUAAGAUACAAAAGAAAGAGAGGGAACAACCAAUCACAACUCAUCUACUGACCAGGAUGUUGAUUCCCAACUUCCUCUGAAAGUCGUUAAAAGGGCGCAAGGACGAUAGGUAGUGUGUCAAGCUAGUGUUGUUGGAAUAGCAGUCGAGUAGUGUUGAUGGCAAAGCAAAACAGUCGCUUGAUCAAGGUGUGCUUGGACGUUGUGUUCUGUGCAAUAGUUGGUUUCCCUCUGUUAAUAUUCUAUGUUGCUGGAAAACCUUCCAUUAGAGGGUUCUACUGUGAUGACGAUUCAAUCCGUUAUCCUUUUGUUAAGGAUACCAUAUCCAAUAUGUGGCUGUAUGUUAUAGGUAUAACUUCCCCAGUUAUUGUGAUAAGCAUCACUGAAAGUAUAAUCUGUGUAAAGAAGAUUGAGUGCCAGAACAAAAAUCAGUUUUUGAUACACAAGUUUCAGAUCCCUCCUCUGGCCAUUCUGCUGUACAAACAGAUAGGAGUCUUCCUCUUCGGAGCGUGUGUCUCUCAGAUACUCACCGACAUAGCUAAAUAUACUACGGGGAGGCUAAGGCCUCACUUUAUAGCGGUGUGCAGGCCCGACGUGAAUCUCACGAGCUGUUUGCAGUAUGGAUAUCGUUACAUAGAAAAUUUUAACUGUACAAACCCGGAUUUAUUCACGGUCAGGGAAGCCAGGUUAUCUUUCCCUUCCGGUCAUGCAUCAUUCUCUUCAUAUGCCAUGGUAUAUAUUAUAAUAUAUCUACAACACAGAAUGAAGUUUGAAUAUAAUAAACUACUGAAGCCAUUUCUCCAGUUUCUAGCACUUGCAACUACUUGGUUCAUCAGCCUGUCGCGGAUAUCCGACUAUAAACAUCACUGGAGUGACGUCCUAGUCGGAGGAAUUUUAGGCACUUCUGUUGCAAUUAUCGUAAUCAAAUACGUGUCUAAUCUACCUAUAAAGCUAUUUGCUUAUGAAAAGUAUCCAUUAUCAUUGCCCAGCAGUACCCAGUUAUCUAAUUACAAUUCGUGCGACAAAGACGUGGAAGAGGGAAUGAGCUAUGAAAGAUUAAGAAAGAUUAGGAAAGGCUCCUUUAAAACAAGUGAAGACAUACAACUAGCUUUUAGAAACUGUUUUAAUGAAUUUCAACUCUGUGUUGAUGAAUAUAUGCAGAAUGAUAGAAAGAUUCCUAUAGAAUAUGGAGAGAAGCAUGCAUUUCAUGGUCUCUCUAUAGAUAAAGCAUGUUUAAAUACUGAUUCAUCAUGGUUAUCUUUCCCUUCCGGUCAUGCAUCAUUCUCUUCAUAUGCCAUGGUAUAUAUUAUAAUAUAUCUACAACACAGAAUGAAGUUUGAAUAUAAUAAACUACUGAAGCCAUUUCUCCAGUUUCUAGCACUUGCAACUACUUGGUUCAUCAGCCUGUCGCGGAUAUCCGACUAUAAACAUCACUGGAGUGACGUCCUAGUCGGAGGAAUUUUAGGCACUUCUGUUGCAAUUAUCGUAAUCAAAUACGUGUCUAAUCUACCUAUAAAGCUAUUUGCUUACGAAAAGUAUCCAUUAUCAUCGCCCAGCAGUACCCAGUUAUCUAAUUACAAUUCGUGCGACAAAGACGUGGAAGAGGGAAUGAGCUAGCAUCUUACAAUUUUUUAUUCUAGGGCCAUUUCUGAGGUAAUCAUUAAAUGUUACAGAAGUUUGCAUUUUUUUAAACAUUUAAUAGAGGAAUAGAAAGUUGAUUAAAACAUUAAAAAUUGGCAUUUAUAAAUUCAAAUGAGGAGUUUAAUGCAGGAACUUAUCUUAAUUUGAUAUUUGCAUGUAAAGAGAAUUUCAAAAGAGCAAAAUUUAUAGCAAAUUCCAGGUAAAAUUAUAAGCCCUUGACACUGAUUGAUGUGCUGAAGGUAUACAAUAUUUUUAAAACAGUGUAAAAAUUGCCCAUAAUUUUGAUUUUCUGAUAAACAAUCAGACAUAUUUUUUACUUUUGCCAUAGAAAAAUCAGAAAAUUAUAUUAAUGUUAAUUUUUGAUGCAGCUAGAUGUAUCAAACCUUACAGAGACUACUUAAGUGCUAUACAUAGUACAGGGAUAAAGUCAAUUUUAAUUAAUGCCUGGUAAUUUUGUAGAUAUUUUAUCUGUAAAACCAUACUUUAAAUAAUAUAAGAUGAAUAAUUCGCUUUAUCAAGUUGUAAUGCUUUUGUGAAUAAGUAAACAUAGAAAAUGGAUAGUGUGGAACAGUGUCAUUGCUCAUGCAUAUCCAGGAAUAGGAUGUAAACAAAAAUAUUUUGAAUAUUAAAUACAUGCCAACUGAACCUGAAGUAAAUUCUAGUUAAAUGAAUUUAAAAAAUAUAAAUAUUUAAAUAAAUUAAAUAUUGUAUUAAAUCCUAAUUAUUUUAUUUACUAAAUAAAUUUUUUGUGCAUUUCUGACAGAAAAGAAUAUGAAACUUUUAAUUGCAGCAACAAAAAAAAAUUUAUUACUUUAAAAUCUAAUAUCUAUAAAAUUCAAAAUUUAAUUUGAAUAUAUCUUUUAGUGAAUUUACUUUUAAAUGUUUUAAAUUUGGCAACUUUUAAGAAUUUGCAUGUAAAGAAUGCUCAAAAAGUCCCUAUGCACAAGAAGUUACUUGUAUGUUCCCCUCUAUUCUCUACACAAAUCUUGAUCUUUAGAAGAAUGUAGAAAAAAAAUGAUCUUCCACAUCAAUAGACCUGAUAACCAAUUGAUUAAUUCUUUAACUGUACAUCAUAAAUGUAAAGACCUAGUGAAGAAAGUUUCUCCUUCAUAAUGCUAUAAAGAGAACUGCUGCAUGUUAAGACUGAACCUUGAAGACCAUGGCACCAGUAACUGCAAUUUUGUUACGUUAUAAUACAGUGUCUUCCAAAAUUAAUGUUACAGUUUUAAAUUAUAAUAAUUAUGUUAAUUAUUAUCUGAGAAGUCUGUAACUAUACCUAAUCGAUAGAGUAACCAUCUGAGUUUCACCUCCAGUCUGCAUUCAAACAUCUUGUUAUCCAUUACCACUAGGAAGCACUAUAAACAAAAAUGGCAACUGGCAAUAGAGGUGUUUUGUUCUGCAGUUCACAAGAUUGGAAUUGUUCAUCUCUGCACAAUGUGAGUAAUCUGCAGGAGCCACAGAAUUGUGGCUGCUGCGGGAGGAGUAACAAUGGAUGUGUCAUAGUGAGCAUAGGAAGAAUUUGAUUAUUAGUUGGAUGUGUGCCAUGUGACACAAGGUGCAUAUUAAGAAAUUGUAAUGGGCAAACGUGAAAUGUGGACAUAACAACGCUUUCAGAUGGUAAUUAACAUAAUUAUAAUCCUUUAAAGAGAUAGCAUUCUUUUUGGAAGACCCUGUAUUUAUAUUUUACUGUACUUUUAUCUAUUUUGAUGGAUCAUUAUUAGAAUGAAAAUAUAUUUUAUCAUUUAGAAAUUUACUUUCUUAUGGAUGUUUUCAUCCUUCAAAUGACCAAAGAAGUCUGUCUGACAUUCAAAAUAUUAAAUAUCUUUAAAUUGAUGAUCAUAUUUCUUGAAACAGAUCCAAUCAGUUUGAUAAAAAGUCAAUAUUUUAGUGCAGAUUUUAAAAAGUUUCAUUUCACUCCAUACACUAACAUAAAUCCUUGAAUUUUAUCUAUUAAAUUAUUAUUAAAUCAAAUCAGAAAAAACAGAGUAAAAAGUAAUGAACCAAGCUUAAAGUUGAAAUAUCAAACUUGGAAUUAAUUCUUCUAAAUUAUUUUAAAAAUUAGAUUACUUUUGAAAACUUUCAUUGUAUAAAAUUGAGGAUAGCAAGAGAUUAAGGUGUCAGCCUACUGGGAGACCGGGUUUGAAUCCGGGAAACCCCUGAAAUUCUUUGUGAUCAGUAAGUCUGGGAUACAUUGGGCCCCAUCCUUCAUCAUCCAGUCACCACCAUUGUGGGCUCGGUCAAACCCACAACAGAUACAGAAUACUUAGUGCCCAUAGGACAGAGUUAAAAAAAAGUAUAAAAACAAUACAUUAAUUUAAUAUAAAAUUCAUUAUUAUAUAUUUAUAUUAUUAUAAAUAAAUCUGUUAACAUCUCUUGUUGCAUUAAUAUAUUAGUAUUAACAUAGAUUUUGUAAAACAAGAUUGUUUCUGUGUAUAUAAAUUUUAUAAAUGUUCAUUAUGUAUUCUGGAUAUGUAGCACUAGUCAUAUGUUUGCAAUAUGUAGCCUGUUAUAAUCCAAAAUAUCUACCAUGUUAUGCAUUUUGUGUAAUUAUUGUGUUACUGGGGCUACAUUAACACGAGCUUAUUAUGACGGGUGGGAGCAUUACCUUCUUAGGGGCCUCGUCUCUUUGCUCUAAAGAAAUUUGAGGCCUCGAAAGUGCUUAAAAUGGUCCUGCAUGUUGCAUAUUCUGAAUUGCAUACAGUAUUUAUGACUAUUGUGCUACACAUUCUAGACUGUAUAUAUUAAUAGUUUGUUACAUAUUCUAGACUCUAUACAGUUUGUUACUAAUGCAAUUCUGUAUACACUCUUUGUAUUAAUAUCAUGUUAUAUAUAUUCUGGACUGUAUACAAGUUGAGUUACUAUCAUAAUAUAUAUUCUAGAAUGUAUACUGUUUGCAUUACAUAUUUUGUAUUGUAUUGCAAGAGUAUGUAAUUUAAUCUAUAUAUACUACAUGUCUGAACAACAGUGUAUGUACUACAUGCUACAUAUACUGCUGUACUCAGACUGUAUACUCUGAAUCACUCUAUCAUAUAUAUUCUGGAUUACACAGUCCUGAAUAUGUAAUGCAACAGUAUCAUUGUAUCUGUUAUAGAUGUAACAUAUGAUUUUAUAAUUAAAAAUAUAUAAAGAAACAGUUCUUCUGUUGGUAUUGUAAAACUAAAA